AUGAUGGGAAAAUAUAAAAUAGCGAACAGCGCUAUAAAGCCUACAGAAACGAUCGCCUACGCGCUAUUCCUAGUAAUGUUUCCGAAAUAUUUUAAUUUCCGAACUGUGCUGCGUCUAGGCUCCUUCCCAGCUGGGGAGGGGAGGGGGGGGGGGGGGGGGGGGCCCGAGAGGGGCCCUGAGGGUGAGGAGGGCCAAGGACAGCCUCUCGGAGGACCUUCAAGGCGCGACGAUUACGUAACCAAGGCCACGGCGCCUCCAAUGCGUGCGCGUGCAACGUUAUAUGUAUUCGCUACC